AUGCCCCGCGAGUUGAAGAAGAGAGGCCGUAGAGGCGAGGAAAAGAAGAGAAAGCUAGAAGAGGAGGAGGAAGCACACCAAGACUUUGCGCAACCCAAACGACAAAGAACAGAAGAUGGAGUCGAUGCAGCAGCCGAACAACAAGACUUUGUUGGACUGGGCCAGGACGGCGCAUACACCAAUGGCGACUACCAGGAUGGAGAAGGUCAUGGUCCGCCUGUUGAGCAGGUUUUCUUUGGUAUGCUGGACGAGGAAGAGCAGGAAUAUUUCAAGCGCGCCGAUGAGAUGCUUGAGAUGAACAACUUUGCCGACGCAGAGGAGAGAGCGCUGUUCUUGGCUAAUGUUUAUCGUGAGGCUAAUGGCAAGGAGCUCAAGAUUGCCAACAGUCAGUCGUGCUCGAGGUUGAUGGAGAGAUUGAUCCAAUUGUCGACUCCGGCCCAACUCAAGACGCUGUUCCAGAAGUUCAGCGGCAACUUCAUGCACCUCUUCCAACACCGCUUUGCUUCGCAUUGUUGCGAGAAGCUUUUCAUCCAAGCCGCUCCCGUCGUUACCGAAGAGCUCCUCCACCCUCCCAAGCCAGAAGAUCAGACAACUGCAGAUGGCGACGUCUAUGUCAGCAUGGAAAAUCUCUUCCUGUUCACGCUCGGAGAAAUGGAAGGCAAUGUUGGUUUCCUCAUGACCGAUCGCUUCGCAUCCCACACCCUGCGCGUCCUGCUUCUUGUCUUGGCCGGCGAGCCUCUUUCUGACUCGACAAACAAGUCUCUGAUGCAAAGCAAGAGAAAGGAACAUGUCACUGUCAAUGGCAGCAGUGCCGACAAGGAAGACACCACUACCAAGGACAAGGAAGACCGUCGUCCCGUACCAAAGUCCUUCACCGAGGCACUUGAGAAGCUCAUGACGGCCAGUGUAUCAGGACUCGACACAACCAGCCUUCGCGCACUCGCCACACAUCAGCUCGGCAACCCUGCCUUACAACUUUUGAUCAGACUCGAGCUCACUCAAUUUGGAAAGUCAAAAGCGAAAGACGAAAACUCCAUCUUCCGUACCCUGCUUCCAGACGACCCCAUCACUCCCGAGUGUGACAGCGCUUCUUUCAUCAACGGUCUUCUCUUCGAUCCUAUCGGUUCUCACCUUAUCGAAUGCAUCAUCGAACAUGCACCUGGAAAGAUGUUCAAGAGCUUGUAUAGAGGUCUUUUGAAGGAUCGUAUGGCAUCGCUGGCUCGUAACGAGAUUGCUUGCUACGUCGUCUGCAAAGUCCUCGAGAGAUUGAGCAAGGACGAUCUUCUGGAAGCACACGAGCAGAUUUGCCCUCAGAUCCCUAGUCUGCUUGAGCGCAACCGCUUCGCAGUCAUCAAGACCUUGAUCGCUAGAUGUGCUGUCAGAGAAAUCGACAGCCAAGCUAUUGCCGUCCAACUUAGCGAAGCUUACAACGGACCUGAAGGCUUUGACAUUGUCAAGUUGCUCAAACCUGAUACUGACGAACCGGCUGUGAACGGCAAUGCAGUACCUGAAGGCAUGCCCGCACACAUUGCCGAAGAACGCGCAAACCCACACACCAUCAAGCUACAAGGUUCCCUGCUCGCCCAAUGCAUGAUCUUAGUUCCCGGAGCCCUCAGCGCCCUUAUCCUCGAAAGUCUUGCAGCCCUCCCACCAACCACAUUACAGAAAAUGGCCAGCGACACUAUUAUCUGCCGUACCCUCCAAGCUGCAAUGACAUCCCACAACGCCUCCAUCAUCUCCCGCCGAAAACUGAUCCAGCAAUUCUUCGGGCACAUCGGAGAAAUGGCACUAGACAGCAAAGCCUCACAUGUGGUUGACGCCAUCUGGGAAGGCACACACGGUCUCGCCUUCAUCCGCGAACGCAUCGCUGAGGAACUCAAUGAAAACGAAGCCGCACUCCGCGACAACCCCUGCGGCCGCGCCGUGUGGAAGAACUGGAAAAUGGACUUGUACAAACGACGCCGCGGUGAAUGGAUCAAGCAAUCCAAGAUCAAGGCUUCCAACGAUGGAUUCCAAAGCUUCUCAGAAAUGAGACAUGGACAACAACAAGCAGCAAACGCGCAACAAGCACAAGCAGCGGGAGGAGAAAAGAAAAGUGCUAUCCAAUUGGCGAGGGAGAGACAUGCAGCUAACAAAGCGAGAUCGCAACAAGCGAGGGAGAAACAUGUUGCUGGAGGUAGCAGCGGCAGACCGAGUGGAAGUUCGAACUCGAGUAGACAUGCUUCGGGUGCUAAUGCUCUGACGAAUGAACAGCUCCUCAACUCAAUCCAAGAACUCAUCAUCCCCUUCAUUCGCUCUGCAGACGAAGAUGCAGCUAUCAAACACACUGGCCAUGGUCUCGCCAUCGAAGGCCAAGGGCCCCGAACCGCUCUCGUCGAACAUCAUCCCCCUCAAAAGCUAGUCUCGCUCUUUGACGUCCAACUCCCCGAAGCCUCGCAAGGCAAGACCGGUCUCUUGGAAAUCGUGGAAAAGUUACUCAAGUACAGUGUCAACACUUGGGAUCAAGGAUUCAUGGAUAAACUAUAUGCAUCUACCAAUGCCGUUGGUGUGGUGUCGGAACUGCUUCUUGCGGUGCUGAACACGAAUCUACACGUCUAUCAAGUCUCUCCUGCGUUGACGAUUGUGGAAAAGACGACUAGCAAGGCUUUGGCUAAACUUUUUGGCUUUGACGGUCCUCAUGGCGGUGGUAUUUCUCAACCUGGAGGUUCGGCGAGUAAUGCUACUAGUAUUGCUAUUGCGAGAAAUACCCUGCAUCCAGAGACUAAAACCGAUGGAAUCAAUGGGCGCAGGUUUACGCUGUUUACAUCCGCACAUGGCCAUUACUCCCUCGAAAAAGCAGCGCAGAUGUUUGGAUUCGGUUCUUCUGCUGUCAUUGGCGUUGCAGUGGAUAAACAAGGCAGAAUGCUUCCUUCCGCCCUCGACGAAGCGGUGCAAAAGUCCAAGGAUGCUGGAGAAGUCCCCUUCUACGUUAACGCCACUGCCGGAACUACUGUCCUGGGUUCUUACGACCCUAUCACUGCUAUUGCGGAUGUGUGUCAAAAACAUAAACUUUGGCUUCAUAUUGAUGGAUCCUGGGGCGGUCCCGUCAUUUUCUCCUCCGCACAAAAACAUAAAUUGGCUGGAAUUGAAAGAGCAGAUUCUAUUGGUGUUACACCGCAUAAAAUGCUCUCAGUACCUAUGACUUGCUCAUUCUUGCUUGGAAAAGAUAUGAGACAAUUCCAAAAAGCAAUGACUUUGCCUGCUGGCUACCUCUUCCACAGCAACGAAGACGAAGACGCUUCAAUCGCAGAUACUACCGCAAACCCCACUUCUGCUGAACCAAAACCUGAGGCGGAGAUUUGGGAUCUGGCAGACUUGACACCGCAAUGCGGACGCAGAGGCGACGCGCUAAAACUCGCUUUGUCUUGGAUCUACUACGGUAGUUCUGGCUUUGAGUCUUCUAUUGACUCUGCCUUUUCUGCUGCCUCUACCCUUGCCUCGCUUGUUUCUUCACACCAAAAGUUUACCCUGGUAUCAGAGAACCCACCUCCUUGUUGGCAGGUUUGCUUUUACUAUAACAAGCAAGAUGGAAGUCCAGAAAAGAAUUCGAAGAUUACAGAGAGCAUUGCUAGAAGCUUGAUUCCUCGAGGCUUUAUGGUUGAUUAUGCACCGGGAGAAGAGGGAAAGUUCUUCCGUGUUGUGGUUAACCCGGCCACGAGGAAAGGUACUCUGGAAGGGUUGAUUAAAGCUAUUGAGGAGGUUGGUCAAGAGUUGAAGGUAUAG